AUGGGCCACGGGCGAGCUGUAUUUUUCAACAUUGCGUUGCUGACGGCGUCCGCGGCAGAAACGGCGGAAAUCCCGGAGAUGAGACUGCCAAGCAUCAGGAUGAAGAAGAUCAUGGCGCUCAAGGCCACAAGAGGAUCAAACAUCAAGUCGAAGUGCGCAGGAGAUGGAGAAGAUGCACUUUGUCGCGGAUAUGCAACACUCGGUGCCGGACGAGCAGGUAUCCCUGACAACAACACGCAGAUCUCUUACGACGUGCUCAACUCUGCCUCCGCCCGCACUCGCGGCGCCUCCAAAGAGGGCAUCCGGGAGCCGAUCAUGGCCAUGUUCGACGACAUGAGCUUCGUCUCCCAGGGGACGGUCUUGGGCUUCGGCUUUUCUGACUCUGACCAUAUCGAGAGAAUCAAACAUGGAGCGAUAUCGACGACGCCCAUUGGAGAGAGCUAA